UUUCCGUUUCUGCGCAGUAAACUCGCUUUGCUUCGAGCUGAGUUUAGUUUUACUAUUUUACUGGGACAAGAAGCUUUAAAUAAUGAGAUAAAAGUGAUUUAAAAGUUAAUAACAGUGUUUAAUUUACUUCACGAUGAGCGCAAGUUCUGUGGACGGUGCUGCAGUUUUACCGGAAGUUUCGAGCCAAAUGUUGGAGCUGGACGAGGACGAGGAUUUAGAAGUUUUUAGUAAGGACUCAAACUUCAUGGAUGUCAGCCCUACAAAUGCUUCCAUGCCGACUUCGCCCGGCUCCAUGGUCAACCAGUACAAAUUCGAGGAAGACGAAGAGGUGCCCGACAACAAAGACAUUUUCAUCACCGUCGAUAACCCCGAGAGCCACGUGACGACCAUCGAGACGUUUAUUACCUACAGGGUUCUGACCAAGACCACUCGUGGUGAGUUUGACUCGAGCGAGUAUGAAGUCCGCAGGCGGUACCAGGACUUCCUGUGGUUAAAGGGGAAGCUGGAAGAGUCUCAUCCGACCCUUAUUGUACAUCCACUGCCAGAGAAAUUUGUGAUGAAGGGAAUGGUGGAGAGGUUCACCAACGACUUCAUCGAAACCAGAAGGAAGGCGCUGCACAAGUUUCUGAACAGGAUAGCCGACCAUCCCAUCCUGUCCUGCAGUGAGGACUUCAAGGUCUUUCUUACAGCACAAGCCUGGGAGUUGGCGUCUCAUAAGAAACAAGGCUCAAGUUUUCUAAGCAGGAUGGGCGACACGGUGCGCGCCGUGGCCGCCACCGUCCGGGGAGGGGUCAGGAACCGGCCGGAGGAGUUCACCGCCAUUCAGGACUACGUGGAGGACUUCAGUCAGAAGAUGACCUCGAUAGAUCGAGUCACCCAGCGAAUCAUCAAAGAGCAAAAAGAGUAUUUACAGGAAUUAAAGGAGUGUGGACCCAUCUACACGCUGUGGUCAGGCUCAGAGGAGGAGCUGGUGGAACCUCUGAAGCUAAUGGCCAGCUGCAUGGACAGAUGCUGUCGGGAGACUGAGGAGAGUAUGGAGCACCUGAGCAACAAUCUUCUACCGACUCUGCACGAGUAUGUGCUUUGCACCGACACCCUCAAGGCAGUACUGAGGAGACGAGACAACAUCCAAGUGGAGCUGGAGGCUAAGAACGACGCUCUGGUCAAUAAGAAGACGGACAUUGAAGCAGAGUCUACGGUGCUGAGUUUAGCGUGGGACAGCCUGGUGGGCAAAGACCCAGAGGAGGUCCAACAUCAGAAACAUCAGAAGAUAAAAGGAGAGAUGAAAGAGAUGAAGGAAGAGAUUGAUAAACUCGAGGACAAACUGGAGUUUGCCAAUAACACGCUGAAGGGGGACUGGAGCCGCUGGCAGAAGAACAUGAGGUCUGAUCUGAGAUCAGUCUUCACCCGGACGGCAGAGAAGAACGUGGAAUAUUAUGAGAAGUGUCUGGCCGUGUGGGAGGCGUUCCUGCUGUCUCAGCAGACUGAGCCCAGUGAAGGAGGAGACAAGCACUACUGAUCUUCCCUAACGCAUUCAUCAAAACACCAAAGUGUCCAAAGAGAAGUUUUUACCUGCAGUUCAAAUACUUCAGUUCUACAGCAGGCAUUGCCUAAGAUAUCUGUAUAAACGUAACUGUGCCUUAUUCCCAGCUGAUCCAGAAACAGCAUUAAUUAUUACAGUGCAAUAAAAAAUAAAAUAAAAAUUUCAAGCUGGAAAAAAUA